UCCACACAAAAAGAAAAGAAAAGCGCACCAUCCAUCCCCUCGCCCCCGCCCGGCUCACUAGGCGACUCCAUCCCUCCCGUCCCAUCCCCUCACCCGUUGGCCGACGAACCCCCCCAGCCCCAGGGGCGGCCGCCGGCGAUGGUGAGGGAGAUGCGCAUCAACACCGCGCCCCGCGGCAACCGCGUCCCGCUCCUCAACAACGGGGAGACGUCCAGGAUCCUCUCCGACCUCGAGGAGGGCAGCAACGUCCAGGCGGCCAACGUCGGCUUCUGCCGGGUCAUCAAGUUGGCAAAGCAUGACGCGGGGAAGCUCGUCUUCGCGACCAUGGCGCUGCUCGUCGCUUCUCUCAGCAACCUCCUCGUUCCCAAAUACGGAGGCAAGAUAAUUGAUAUUGUGUCAAGAGAUGUUCAGCGGCCAGAGGAUAAGGCCCAAGCCCUGGCGGAUGUGAACGGCACAAUAUUGUACAUUGUGCUAAUAGUUGUAACCGGGUCAGUUUGCACAGCUCUUCGGGCAUGGCUAUUCAAUUCUGCUAGUGAGAGAGUCGUUGCUCGACUUAGACAGGACUUGUUCAGUCAUCUCGUAAACCAGGAGAUAGCAUUUUUUGACGUGACUAGAACAGGAGAGCUCUUAAGCAGGCUUUCUGAAGAUACCCAAAUUAUAAAGAAUGCAGCUACAACAAACCUUUCAGAAGCACUGCGUAAUCUGACUACCACAGCUAUUGGUCUUGGCUUUAUGGCCCCUAUGUUUUCAACUUCAUGGAAGCUAACAUUGUUGGCACUUGUAAUUGUUCCAGUGAUAUCAGUUGCUGUGCGUAAAUUUGGGCGUUUUCUUCGUGAGCUUUCACAUCAGACACAAGCUGCGGCUGCUGUAGCUUCAUCCAUAGCUGAGGAAUCUUUUGGUGCCAUUCGCACAGUAAGAGCCUUUGCUCAAGAGCCUCAUGAGAUUUCACGAUAUGGUGGAAAAGUAAACGAGACACUGAAGCUUGGUCUCAAGCAAGCUAAAGUUGUUGGACUAUUUUCUGGAGGGCUUAAUGCUGCAUCAACCCUGUCGGUUGUUGUUGUAGUUAUUUAUGGAGCUAACUUAACCAUCAAUGGUUACAUGACAACUGGUUCUCUUACGUCAUUCAUCUUAUACAGCCUUACAGUUGGCUCGUCAGUCUCUGCCUUGUCAGGACUAUACACAACUGUAAUGAAAGCAUCAGGUGCAAGCCGUAGAGUUUUUCAACUACUUGACCGUGUUUCCUCAAUGACAAACACUGGGAAUAAAUGUCCAAAAAUCGAAAAUGAGGGGGAAGUUGAGCUGGACGAUGUUUGGUUUGCAUAUCCUUCUCGUCCUUCUCAUAUGAUUCUUAAGGGAAUCACAUUGAAGCUAGCACCAGGUUCAAAGGUUGCACUUGUUGGGCCGAGUGGUGGUGGAAAAACUACAAUAGCAAAUUUGAUUGAAAGGUUUUAUGACCCUCUAAAGGGAAGGAUCUUGCUAAAUGGAGUGCCUUUGGUAGAAAUUUCACAUCAGUAUCUCCACCAAAAGGUAAGCAUAGUUAGCCAGGAGCCUACACUCUUUAACUGCUCCAUUGAAGAGAAUAUUGCAUAUGGAUUGGAGGGCAAAGCUAGCUCUUCUGACGUUGAAAAUGCAGCUAAAAUGGCAAACGCGCACGACUUCAUAUGCAGCUUCCCAGACCAAUACAAGACUGUCGUCGGAGAGCGAGGCAUCAGGUUAUCGGGCGGGCAGAAGCAGAGGGUCGCCAUUGCGAGAGCUUUGCUUAUGAACCCACGAGUGCUUCUCUUAGAUGAAGCUACCAGCGCCCUGGAUGCCGAAAGCGAGUACCUUGUUCAGGAUGCAAUGGACUCGUUGAUGAAAGGGAGGACCGUUCUCGUGAUAGCUCAUCGGCUCUCCACCGUGAAGAGCGCUGACACGGUUGCCGUCAUCUCCGAGGGCCAGAUUGUAGAGAGAGGCACACACGACGAACUCCUCGAGUGCGACGGCAUCUACACGGCCCUGGUGAAGAGGCAGCUGCAGUUGCCCAAGUUUGAAGGGACCGCCAACGGGACAGCCGAAGUAGAACCCAGCAGCAACGGCCAAUAGUGUUUCCUUGCUUGGUGAUCUCUCCUCCUCGGUUAGGCAGACACCAUUUCGUAGGGAUCCACCAUAUGUAACGCCCAUUCUGAUAUACGUAUUCCACUCUGGAUAACGCCAACACGCUGGAAUGUCACACGCUGUAGCUCUCCUACACCUUGAUUCACAUGUGCGGCUGCAUGUGAAUGUACUGUAAAGGAUAUACAUUCUUUCCUAGACUUUGCCUAAGGGUCUGUUAGGUCUCAGUCGACUUAGACUUCGUGAAGUCUCAGUCAGCUGAUGUCACCUAAAGUAGAUUAGGCCCAUUUCUUGACUUGCGUCUGAUGGGCUGUAUCAGUCCGAUUUGUGGGCUUUCCUUGUUC